UUCAACAUGGCGGACGAAGAURAAGAAAACGAAGAAAACAUUGAGAGCUCGCCUUGGCAGUAUAAAAAACCUCUAGAAUUGUUUGAAGAAAAGAAAAUAUUAAGAAUCUGUGCUCCAAUGGUUAGGUAUUCAAAGUUAGCGUUUAGGGAAUUGGUUAGGAGAUAUGGCUGCGACUUGUGUUACACACCAAUGAUUAUUUCAGAUUCAUUUGUUAAAUCACAGAAGGCAAGGGAUAAUGAAUUCACCACCAACGCAGGUGAUCGUCCUCUCAUAGUCCAGUUUGCUGCCAGUUGUGCCAAAGAUUUUGCAGAUGCUUCAGAGAUGGUUGCACAGUUUGCAGAUGGUGUUGAUUUGAACUGUGGCUGUCCACAAAGGUGGGCUAUGCAGGAGGGGUAUGGUGCUUUUCUGAUAAAAAGACCUGAGCUGAUUCAAGAUAUGGUACGACAAACGAAAUCAAGAGUCAAUGAUUUACCUGUUUCUAUCAAAAUAAGAAUUGAUAAAGAUCCUAGCAAAACUAUAGAACUGUGUCGACAAGCAGAACAUGCUGGUGCAUCAUGGAUAAGCAUCCAUGCCAGAACAGUGAAACAAAGAAAUGAACCACCAACCUGGGAUGUUGUAAAGCUGGUAAAGGACAGUGUAUCAAUACCUGUUAUUGCCAAUGGAGACAUAAAAUGUGAAACAGAUGUUAUAAAGGUUUAUGAACAGACGGGAGUUAAUGGUGUUAUGGCAGCGCAAGGAAUACUAAAUAACCCAGCAAUGUAUGCUGGGUAUGAUUGUACUCCAUUACAAUGCAUAUCUGACUGGAUUGACAUUUCACUGUCCCUUGGCACUCCAUUUUCUGCAUUCCACCAUCAUCUUAUAUUCAUGUUGGAUAAGAUUUUAUCCAAAGCAGAGAAAAGAGUAUUCAACACUYUCAAGAGUACAACUGCAGUUUUAGAUUAUUUAGAAGAUAAUUAUGGCAUAAAAUACAUGAAUUGCAACAGUUGAUGUUCUACGAGGUCCUUGACUGAAUAAUAAUUUAUGAUUCCAUUUUGUAGAGUGCUUGCACUAAACCGUGAAACAAGUACUAAUUUUUAGUACUAAAUAGUGAUAAUCAAACAAUAGG